GGAGGACCCCGCGUUGCUGACGGCGGCUGCCGCGACUCGGAGCGGGCGCGGGGCUAGAGGCACCCGGCCCAGCACCGCCCCCCGGGCCGGCCCCCGCCCCUCCUCCCUCUUCCCUCCUCCCCCUUCCCUCCUCCCUCCCUCCUCGCUCCCGGACCGGGCCCGGCAUGGUGCGGCGUCGCCGCCGAUGGCGCUGAGGCGGAGCAUGGGGCAGCCGGGGCUCCCGCCGCUGCCGCUGUCGCUGUCGCCGCCACCGCUACUGCUGCUGGCGGGUCUGGCCGCUCUGCUGCUCCCGGAGCCCGCUGCCGCAGGCCUAAAGCUCAUGGGAGCCCCGGUGAAGCUGACAGUGUCUCAGGGGCAGCCGGUGAAGCUUAACUGCAGUGUGGAGGGCAUGGAGGACCCUGAGAUACAGUGGGUGAAGGAUGGGGCUGUGGUCCAGAGUAUGGACCAGGUGUACAUCCCCAUCAACGAGCAGCACUGGAUCGGCUUCCUCAGCCUGAAGUCAGUGGAGCGCUCUGAUGCAGGCCGGUACUGGUGCCAGGUGGAGGAUGGGGGAGAAAUGGAGAUCUCCCAGCCAGUGUGGCUCACAGUAGAAGGUGUGCCAUUUUUUACCGUGGAGCCAAAAGAUUUGGCUGUGCCGCCCAAUGCUCCUUUCCAACUGUCUUGCGAAGCCGUGGGUCCCCCCGAACCUGUUACCAUUGUCUGGUGGAGAGGGGGCAUGAAGGUUGGGGGACCGGCUCCUUCUCCUUCCGUUUUAAAUGUAACAGGAGUGACCCAGAGUACGGUGUUCUCCUGCGAAGCUCACAACCUAAAAGGCCUGGCCUCCUCCCGCCCAGCCACUGUUCGUCUUCAAGCCCUGCCUGCAGCCCCCUCCAACAUCACAGUGACAAAGCUCUCCAGCAGCAAUGCUAGUGUGGCCUGGAUGCCGGGUGCCGAUGGCCGAGCCUUACUCCAAUCCUGCACGGUCCAGGUAAGUUGAGAUGGGGCCCCAGGAGGCUGGGAAGUCCUGGCUGUGGUGGUCCCUGUGCCACCCUUUACCUGCCUGCUUCGGGAUCUGGCGCCUGCCACCAACUACAGCCUCAGGGUGCGCUGUGCCAAUGCCUUGGGACCUUCUCCCUAUGCUGAUUGGGUGCCCUUUCAAACAAAGGGUCUAGCCCCAGCCAGCGCUCCCCAAAACCUCCAUGCCAUCCGCACAGACUCGGGCCUUAUCCUGGAGUGGGAAGAAGUGAUCUCCCAGGGCCCUUUGGAAGGGCCCCUGGGGCCUUAUAAACUGUCCUGGGUUCAAGACAACGGAACCCAGAAUGAACUGACUGUGGAGGGGACCAAGGCCAACUUGACAGGCUGGGAUCCCCAGAAGGACCUGACUGUGCGUGUGUGCGUCUCCAAUGCGGUCGGCUGUGGGCCCUGGAGUCAGCCUCUGGUGGUCUCUUCUCACGACCAUGCAGGCCAGCAGGGUCCUCCCCACAGCCGCACAUCCUGGGUGCCUGUGGUCCUGGGUGUGUUGACAGCUCUGGUGACGGCUGCUGCCCUGGCCCUCAUCCUGCUUCGGAAAAGGCGGAAGGAGACGCGGUUUGGGCAAGCCUUUGACAGCGUCAUGGCCCGGGGAGAGCCAGCCGUUCACUUCCGGGCAGCCCGGUCCUUCAAUCGGGAAAGGCCCGAGCGCAUUGAGGCCACGUUGGACAGCUUGGGCAUCAGCGAUGAACUAAAGGAUAAACUGGAGGACGUGCUCAUUCCAGAGCAGCAGUUCACCCUGGGCCGCAUGUUGGGCAAAGGAGAGUUCGGUUCAGUGCGGGAGGCCCAGCUGAAACAGGAGGAUGGUUCCUUUGUGAAAGUGGCUGUAAAGAUGCUGAAAGCUGACAUCAUUGCCUCAAGUGACAUUGAAGAGUUCCUCAUGGAAGCAGCGUGCAUGAAGGAAUUUGAACACCCACAUGUGGCCAAGCUUGUUGGGGUAAGCCUCCGGAGCAGGGCCAAGGGCCGGCUCCCCAUCCCCAUGGUCAUCCUGCCCUUCAUGAAGCAUGGGGACCUGCACGCCUUCCUGCUUGCCUCUCGGAUUGGGGAGAACCCCUUUAACCUGCCCCUCCAGACCUUGAUCCGGUUCAUGGUGGACAUUGCCUGUGGUAUGGAAUACUUGAGCUCCCGGAAUUUCAUCCACCGAGACCUGGCCGCUCGGAAUUGCAUGCUGGCAGAGGACAUGACAGUGUGUGUGGCUGACUUUGGACUCUCCCGGAAGAUCUAUAGUGGGGACUACUAUCGUCAGGGCUGUGCCUCCAAAUUGCCCGUCAAGUGGCUGGCUCUGGAGAGUCUGGCUGACAACCUGUACACUGUGCACAGUGACGUGUGGGCCUUCGGGGUGACCAUGUGGGAGAUUAUGACUCGUGGGCAGACGCCAUAUGCUGGCAUCGAGAAUGCUGAGAUUUACAACUACCUCAUCGGCGGGAACCGCCUGAAACAGCCCCCAGAGUGUAUGGAGGACGUGUAUGAGCUCAUGUACCAGUGCUGGAUCGCGGACCCCAAGCAGCGCCCGAGCUUCACAUGCCUGCGAAUGGAACUGGAGCACAUCCUGGGCCACCUCUCCGUGCUGUCCGCCAGCCAGGACCCCCUGUACAUCAACAUCGAGAGAGCCGAGGAGCCUGCCGGGGAGGGCAGCCUGGCGCUGCCUGGCAGGGACCAGGCCAGCGAGGGGGCUAUGGAUGGCAUUGGGGCGGUGGGGGGGGGGCCCAGUGACUAUCGGUACAUCCUCAGCCCCGGGGGACUGACCGAUCAGCCUGGGCAGGAGGAGCAGCAGCCUGAGAGUCCCCUCAGUGAGGCCCAGAGGCAGCUGCUGCUGGAACAAGGGCUACUACCCCACAGUAGCUGUUAGCCCACAGGCAGAGGGCAUCUGGGGCCAUCCGGCUGGCUCUGCUGGCUGACUAAGCCCCAUCUGACCCCAGCCCAGCCAGCGAGGUGUGGAGGGCUCCUGUGGUAGUCCUCCCAAGCUGUGCUGGGGAGCCUGGACCGACCAACUUACCCAAUCCCAGUUCUUCCUGCAGCCACUUUGUGGCCAGCCUGGCAUCGGUUCAGGCCUUGGCUGGCUGGAGGUGGGCCAGGCCUGGCUGUCUGAAUUCAGGCAGCUGGAAGGAGGGGGUAGUUAUGUUUCCAUGGUUAUCAUGGGUGUGGAUGGGAGUAGGGGGAGGGUAGAUCCAGCCCUGUGGGCCCCUACCCUCCUGGCUGAGCUGCCCCUGCUGCUUUAGCACAUGCAUUGAGCCGCCUCUGGCCUGGGGGCCCAGCUCUGCCCAUGCCUGGGCUUUAAAUGCUCAGGUUUGCCUCUCCAAGUCACAAAGAGAUGCCCCUGUGUUAUUACCCUUUAGGUGAGAAUUGAUAAAGGGUUGAAACAGUCAGGUCCUGAGCCCUGUGGUAGGAGGCAGUGGAACACUCUCAGGUCUGAAUCUUCAUCACCUUCCUGAUUCCCCACGCUGCCUAGCCACGACCAGUGGGGGAGAGGGGGCUUCCUUGCAGCUGACCAGGUCACACCAAGGCAUGCUGGAGAACCACAGGAUGCCAGAUGCCCAUCUUUUAAAGGCAGUGUACUGGGCCCAGCAAGAGAAAGGGGUGCCAAGGGGCUUGCCCAGGAAUGAGUGAGGCCAGAGAGGAAUCCAGGAGCCCCUCUCCCUGCCCUCCACAGUCUGUCUGAGCAUGCUACCAACUCCCUACUAUCCUAAGACUAACAAAGGCAGCUGUGUCUGAGCCCAGUCCUUCCAUGCAGCACCCUUAGUCCCAGCUGCCCCUCUAAGUGGAGACUCUUCUGUCCCAAGUUUCUGGAUGGGAAAUAGGCCUGGUGUGGGUGAGGAAGAGUUACUGGGGUCCGGACCCCAGUGCAGGCCCAUGCACUUCGGGGAGUGCAUGGGUUGUGUCCUUGCUGUUAGGGACAUUUCCAAGCUGUUAGAUGCUGUUUAAAAACAGAAAUAAAAUUGAAGACCAAGGA